GCCGCAGUCAAUGAGGAGGCAGCGGCCGCGGCGGAGCGCCGCACUCGCCGGGGGCAGCGCGGCGCAGGGCGGCGCGGCGGGGCGCGGCGGGGCGGGGGGCGCCGCGGCAUGGCGGGGCGCUGAGGGAGCGCGGCAGCGAGGGGCGGCCAGGCGCCCCGGCACCCGGCCCCGCCGCGGCAUGGGCAGCCGCGGGGUCGUGCGAUGAGCGCUCCCCCGGCGGCUCCCCCCCCCCCCCCGCGCGAAUAUGGGCACAGCCGUGUCCAAAAGGAAGACGCUGAGGAACGAGGCUAUGUCGUCGGUGGCGGCCAAAGUGAGAGCGGCAAGGGCUUUUGGAGAAUAUCUUUCACAAAACCAUCCUGAAGGUAGAAACGGCUCAGAUCACCUGUUAGCAGACUCCUACAUUGGACAGGAGGACUCCCCUGAGAUGCAGCAGGCAGCACAGAACAAGCGCAGGCUCUCCGUCAUCUCAGACGGCAAGUUUGAGAGGAGCUUCUCCGAGGAGCAGACAGAGAAGAUGCCAAGCGAGGGACCGAAGCCACGAGUCUACACAAUCUCUGGCGAGAGGCCGAUGCUGUCAGACCAUGAGAACGAAAGCAUGGAACUGGUGGUGAUGAAGGGGGCUGCCCAAGAGGAAUGCCACCAUGGCCACCAAGUGCACAGUGCUGGUGGCUCUCAUGGCAGGCAUUGCAAGGGCUGGCCAGGCAGCCGGCAGGGCUCCAAGGAGUGCCCGAACUGCACCCGGCUGGCUGCCCCUUCCCAGCAUUCCUUUGACCUGGAGCAGCAUCAAACCGGUGAGACUGGGUGGCACAGAAAAAGGCUGGAGAGGAUGUAUAGUGUCGAUCGAGUGUCUGAUGAUGUCCCCAUACGAACCUGGUUCCCAAAAGAGAACCUCUUCAGUUUUCAAACUGCUACUACAACUAUGCAAGCCAUCUCGGCGUUCAGGGGCUACGCAGAGAGGAAGAGACGGAAACGAGAGAAUGAUUCUGCAGCUGUUAUACAGAGGAAUUUUCGGAAGCACCUCCGCAUGGUGGGGAGCCGAAGGGUUAAAGCACAAACAUUUGCCGAACGGCGUGAGAGGAGCUUCAGCAGGUCCUGGAGUGACCCGACUCCCAUCAAAGCUGAUUCCUUCCAUGACUCUCGAGAAAGCCAUGAUCUUCAGGAUUCCUGCGGCACAUUGGAUGGUGACUUUGACUUGAACUGGGAAGCAGAAAAGGAACUUGAAGCCGUGGCAUGUGACGGAGAAGACUUUAUACCACCAAAAAUAAUGCUCAUUUCUUCCAAGGUGCCCAAAGCAGAGUAUGUCCCAACAAUUAUCCGCAGGGACGAUCCCUCUAUCAUCCCCAUUCUCUAUGACCAUGAACAUGCCACCUUUGAUGACAUCCUAGAGGAAAUAGAGAAGAAGCUUAACAUUUAUCGGAAAGGCUGCAAAAUCUGGAAGAUGCUGAUAUUUUGUCAGGGAGGUCCCGGUCACUUAUACUUGUUAAAGAACAAAGUUGCCACUUUUGCCAAAGUGGAGAAGGAGGAAGAUAUGAUCCUCUUCUGGAAGAGGUUGAGCCGGCUGAUGAGUAAAGUCAAUCCUGAACCAAAUAUCAUUCACAUCAUGGGCUGCUAUGUUCUUGGAAACCCCAAUGGGGAGAAGCUAUUUCAGAAUCUGAAAAACUUAAUGAAUCCUUAUAGGGUUGCCUUUGAGUCUCCACUUGAACUAUCAGCUCAAGGUAAGCAAAUGAUUGAGACUUACUUUGACUUCCGCCUUUACCGCCUCUGGAAGACCCGCCAGCACUCUAAACUAUUGGAUUACGAUGACAUUUUAUGAGCUGGAGAAGACUUUGCAAGAGGAAGUUUGAUGACCGGUGUCCAAGAAGUCAUGCUUAUUGCAGAGAGACUUUUUUAUUGGCACAGGGAGCCCUUCAAAGCCCUAUAGGAGGCAGCAGUGCUAAAGGGAGGGAAGGAGGAGCCCUCAGAAGUGUGUCGGGAGGAGUCUCCUGGGUCAAGAGAGACUGGAGGGAAAGGGUUUGACACCUCACUCGCCUCAGGUCAGAGCCGUGGUGUCUCAGGAGGAGCUGUGUGAAAUGAGGACAGGAUGGAGUUCCUUGCAGAACUGAGCUGUUUUGGGUCAGAAUGGGCCAGAUUUGAUUCCAGGUCCUUUUAAAGACUUUUGAAGCUCAGGUUUUCUUACAAAAAAUAAAAUCCAUUACCCGUGCACUACAAUGAAGAAGUGACCAGAGCACAGAAUAAGGAGGGGUUUGUUCUGAUGGGACCUUCUGUGCUGGGGAUCUCGGAGAGCAAGGACUGCUACACCUACUCCUGCAAGCUUAGAUCAAGAUGAUCCAGUUUCAAUGUGAAUAUAUACUGGAGUAUAGAAUUGAAAUCUAACUUUUGUUUUGUUUAAUAGAAAAUAAGUGCAAUUUUUAUAGCGAGAGGGGUAAAAUCCCUCCCAAUAUUUAAUUAGUUAAAAAUAACACACCAGUAACCAAUAGAUGAGGUAUUUUUGGUCUGCUUGAAAAUAUAUUCAAAAUGGUAAUAUAUCUUCUGUAGACAUAUUUAAUCACCAGCAAACAUGGUUUUAACAUAACUUGGCAGACCCUGCAUGUCUGCUGCAUUGAUUAAUUCGGUUUGGUUCGUUACUUCCAGAGUAGCUGUGUUGCACUAAUUGUACGUGCUCUCACGAAUGUAUAUUUCUCCUCCAAUUAGACACAACUUUGUUACUUUCUAUUUUGCUGCUUGCAAAACUAUGGGACUUUAGUUUUGCUGAAAUACUUUAGGUUAGAAAUAUGGUACCUGGCUGAGAAAACUCCGUCAGGUUCGCUACGGUAUAAAAAUGAAUUAGAAAUUAAUAGCCAUGGUAAUUACUUGUUCAUGCCAGUGUUUUGCUGUGUCGAGAGCCGAGUUCUCUUUCUAGUCUGCUGUGAAGAGCAGCACGGUUACAUGACCAUUAGAAACCCUCCAAGGAGACUGUUCACUGAGGCAUUCGGAGGAAAUGCUUCUGGAGGAAUAGAGCACGGGUUUGUAGCAUGAGUUUGAAUCUUCCCUAUGUUCACUUGAUUGCCAGUUGUUUGUGCAGAAACCACCUCUUUUCCGAUGCUAAAAAGACCUGUUUAUUGGUCUGCGCUGCUCACGUCCCUUCCUGCGUAGGACAGAGUAAACCCAGAGCUUUGUCAGAGCAGCCGUGGUUUGAGAACCCAGAUUUGUACAUGGUAUUUGAGGAUAUAUUUUGGAAUAUAUUUACCUUUUGUUUGUUUAGGUCGGGGGCCUGCUUUUUGUGUUGGGAAGGGUGUUUCUCAUCUUCUACUUUCCUGUUCAGAGGAUAAAUACUAUUUACAGUCUGCGUAGGUCACUCUGGCAGCUCUGGGAAGUGAUACAAGUUAUUUCUUUUAUAAUUGAAAUACACUGGAGAAGUAACAGGGAAGGAUUACCUUUGUUUCCUGACUUCCUGGUAUUGAAAAUUAGUUGAUUGUGAAGUGAGGGAAAAUAUAUGUACAAAUCUUCUUUUACAUACUUACAAAAAGAACUAGUUUUUCUGAUCUGUAGAGUAAUCCUUCCCCCGUGACAUAUCUGUGGUUGUAAUUUGGGGGAGCAGGCCUCUGGCUAGAACUGCUGAACCCUGUACAUUUAAAGCAGUUUUAAAAUAAAGCUUUUGAAGAAAUGAUGUACAUAUAGUAAGUAAGGAGAGGAAUAGGUGGAGAGAGAUGGUUUAAAGUCAUUGAAAGCAACAUACUGAACCAAAUAGGUCAGGGCUGUUGCCUCCCGCUCUGGUUCGGAGCCGUUGGGAAGCCGCCCUGCUGAGCUGGCCUGACCUCGGGAGGUUUGGUGGCUACGUGUCAUCCUGGCUGGACUCUUAGCCUCUUGACUCGGCCGUGUUUACCAGGCUUGUGGUGAAGGGGAUAAUAGGCACCAGUCUGUAGCUUUUGGAAGAACGUGCCAGAUACAAAAAAGAAAACAAAAUUUAUGCCCGUUCUCUUAUUAUUUAGCACGGUAGCUUCUGCCAGCUGUGCUUGUGAAAGGUGGGAGCUGUAGGUGUGAUGAAAGCACCAAGUCAUGUGUUAUUUGGAGAAGGAAAUGGUAGUGGCAGGAUUAAAAUGCUGACACAAAACUCUCUCCCUUUCUGACCCGUUUACCUCCCACGGUUAUGCUCCUAACUGGAGACAAACUGUUCUUCCUUUCUCUUCUCUAAAGUACAAUCCCAAUUCAGUGAACUUGGUAGCAUGAAUGUAGCAUUGUGGAACUAUUGAAAAUAUUAUUUAACUCCGAAAGGGCCCGUUUAUGUAUCCACUUCAGUGAUUUCUCUGUAGAACUAUUGUAUAUCUAUCCUCAUUGACCACUUGUAGAACUAGGGGUGCGAAGUAGAAAGGUAGAUUGUACAGUUGCGUAACUUCUGUAGGAAGAUGUAUGUUUGAAUGAACAUUAUGGACUGUUUUACUGGUGCAGUUGACUGUAGUAUAGUAUAAUGACAAACGAUGAAUGCAUUACUCUUUUCCAAAGAUCUAUAUUCCUCAUAGUUUGUGAUGUUUAUGACAUGAGCAUAUUAUUUCCUUUGUAGCGUUCAUUUGACUAAAGAGAUGAAAUACUCUAAAAGCUGUGACUGGAAAGACAAUAGGGUUUUGAUGUUUGAAGUCCUGUGUGCGAAUAGCGUCACUGAAGUUAACCAUUUCUGAAAGAGGAAAACAAAUUUCUUCCCCUUUUUAACUGGUUGAAUUUUUCAAGUGGCUGCUGGGAAAGGAAGGGAUCAGCAGAGGCUAGGGUGCAAAAAAAAAAAAAAAAUUAAAAUUAUUUAAACUUUAGAGUUAAAAGUAGCGUCUGUAACUUCCUCGGUUGGCCCAGCCUGUAAAGGAUGACCUCCGGGCGUGCCCUUGCCGCCAGCGUGCAGCACGGUCGCAGCAGGACGCCCCCUCCGCAGCGGCCGAGCGCCCCUGCAGCAUCUUCUCUGGGGGGUGAUGAGGGCAGGCCCGGGCAGCGCCCGCAGGGCACAGCUCGCCCACAGGGCACUCUGCCGGGGGGGGCUGUGGCUCCUGAGCGCACAGGACGGUUUGUUCCGCUGCAGUCUGCUUCUUCCAGCCUUCAGCUACCUGCUCUUGGGGUGUGUCUGUCUGAAGCCCUGAAACCAGUUUGUUCACGUGCAGUCGGUAACGGCUGUCGGAAUUGGCUUGGUGGAGCUCACCUCUAACGAGGGUAAUUCGAGUGAGCAGUUUACGGUGCGGCUGAGCUCCCGUCCCCGCCUGCUCCGUCAGAGGAUCAGCAGCCCUGUCGCACCGUCACGCUCAGCCCCACCACGGGGAACCGCUACUGCAGCUCCUCUGUGGUCUGGGUUUGCUUUUAGCAAGGGCAGGAGGGACGCCUGGUUAACCCUGGAGAGCAGCAGAUUAAACUGGGGUAGCUGAAUUUGGUGCCAGCGCUGGCCGUUCACCCCAGCCACGCAUGGGAGUUCCUGCUGCUCUUGCUGUGAGGCAGUAUUGGAUGUCACCUCAAAUCCCUUACCUGGCCUCGUGAACGUCAGCAGAGAGCUCUGCUGGUUGGGUUAUGGCCUGGGCUGGGACUUUCACCUCCAGGAGAGGAGAAGGGUGGGCAGCAAGUGCAUCAGCUGUCCCGCCUGCUGCUCCUCAGCCUGGCUCAUGUGCUGGGAGCUGCCCCCAGCAGCUUGGUGCCUGCAGAGCACAUUCACUCAGCUGUUAGAGGUUUAGGGAGGUGGACUGGGGAGGGGCGUGUGUGUGUGUGUCAUAUUUUUAGAUGUGGCACUUUUCUUAUACAGUGUUUUCCAGAGAGGCUUUUUCUCUUUUCAUCUCAUUUGGCUGGGAAGGAAAGGGAAGAAGAAAAUUCAGUUACCUGAGUGACAUAGAAAUAGGUAAAAAAUUGAGAUACAGCUUUUUGUACUUCUCAUCCCUUUGCAGCUGACCUCCAGGCCUGGGAUGGGAAACGGAUGAGUUAGCAGAUAAUCCCUUCCUGCAUUUUUUAAAAAAAAAAAAAACCCAACCAAAACCGAGAAAAAUCUUUGUAGGUCUAGCAAAACAUCUGACUGCAAAAGGCAACCGGCCAGCUCAUCCUGCCCCGUGUGAGGACUAUGCUGUGCGCACCCAUGGGAUCCCACUGCUUCUGCCUCUGAGUGCCUCGAGAGCCGCCCGAGCCACCACCCGUCGGGGGCUCCGCGCCUCUGUGAGGGGACUCUGGAGUUGAAUUUGUUCUUCGUUUCUCAGCCUGGACUUGUUGCCUGCAGCUCAGCACAGGUUUCCUGCUCCUGGAGCUUCUGGAGUACACGAGUACGUGUGUUCAUGUUGUCUCUUCACACACAGGCUCUUUCCCGUGGUCUGGGGGAGCUGCUCCCCCUCGAUUGCCCCGGCAGGGCAGCGUUAUUGUUGUCGUCCAUGCUGUGUUAGUGUCUCUCUGGCUCCUGGCAUGCAUCCACUUCACAAAUAGAUGCUGUUGUUUCGGACGUGGCUGCGUUAGUGACCUGUGGCUGGGAGUUCCUGUUCCCAAGGCUCUGCUGGCAGAGUGACUGCAAACACUGCUUCGUCACCUUCAGGCAACAUAAGUGGGGUUAGUUGAAAGAAUGGAAAAUGCUGGUUUUAAGCAGCCCAGCCUGGGGGGUUCUGGAAAUGGGAGCGUGUCCUUAAUUCUGGCCCAGACAGGAGGUAGAACGACAGGUUUGCUCUGCUCUCUUGGUGUAAGUGUAAACAUUCAACCAUUAAAACCCAGUUUAAGAGUCACGCUUAUAUAUUAUUAAUGUAUUGGUCCAGGAUAAGGUAUGUUACUGUACAAUUAAAAAAAUAAAAUCCUUCCGGGGCCCUUGGUCAUUGGCAUGUGUUGCCAGAACCAUGCAUCAGAGAACGCGCUGCGUCGUGUCAUCCUUCCUCGAGCGAUCGGGCCACGCUGCCAGUGUCAGGGGACAGAUUUGCAGGUACACAUUAAGCUGAAUUGCUCUGUGCUCUGGGCUUUGCCAUGACGUUCCCUGGAGCUGAUGAUGCAGAGAGCCCUUCCUGAAGGGUGCCACGCAGGUAUCCUCCCAGGGGAUAUCGAGCGGUGAUGUCAUUUUCCACACCAUCUGUAAAAAGUUGUUUGUGAUCCUGUAUUUUGUCCCACUGAUCACAGAGUACCUGUGGCUUUCUGCAUCUCAUGGGAGUGUUUUUUAAUUCUCAGUUGUGGAAACACAAGCCAAAGUAAUCUGGAAACUGUUAUGGUCUUGAUGACAAGUCAGCCUGCUAAUAUCGUAUACUCAAGUGGAGUGAGUAAAUGGGUGGUUUAAUGACCAUGAACCUGAUUGUGGUCAUUGUUACUCCCAGGUAAUCCUGCUGUGUCAACAGCAGAAUUAGUAGAAAGAUACCAGAGAUUGCAGUCUCUGCCUAAAAUGCCAGCGUGCAAGCUCUCGCCAGCGUGGUGCAUGAGCUAUCGAAGGGUGAUGGGAACCAGUAGCUGCUUUGAAUCGGAAAUAAAGUCAGCCCAACAUCCUGCCACUCUGUGAAAAACUGGAAGGAAUAAACAUUAUGGACAUUAAAUGUGAAGAAUCCAUCUGAAGGGAAGCGAAAUUGAAUUUUUCCAUAAACAUUUAGUAAAUUGUAAAGAACUAAUACAGCCUAAAAGUUUUUCACAUGAUUGUAUUGCUUUUAGAAUAUCUUUAAAACUGGCGUAUAUAAGGACAGAUAAGACCCGUCAAGGGUUGUCUUACAUUAUGAUAGCGAUAGCGGAGAGGCAGGCUAUAUUUAGUUAAUUGGCACUCCAGCCUUUCUUCCUUAUCUCACCGUCCAAAUGAACUGGUGAUUAAUCACAGCAGUAAAUGGCCCUGCAAACCUUUGGCAAGAGGCACCUCUCCACCUGCGUUGCUAAGCCUUGAGCAAAGUGAACGCCUUCACCGAGAGCCUGAAGCAGCCGACAGAGCCAAGCCUUCAUCCCGUGUCACGGGGCAGCCCCUCUGAUUCACCGAGCACGUACAGCAGUAACCGACAGGCGCAGCCCCUGCCCUGCUCCGGGGUGUCCGUGGGGUUUCUGCGUGUCUGAGUGGCAUUUUCCUCCUGGGGCCGUGCAGGGGACGUGUUGAGUUGUACGUGGGGAACAAUUCUUACCCGUGAGACUGGAACUGCAGGGGUGCUGAGGAGUCUGCGGCAGCCGGCCAAGGACUGCUCACUGCCACGGUCACCCUGGCCCCUGGCUCAGGUCCAGCAUGGAUGCACGUCAGUGAUAUUCAAAAGGCUUCAGUAGAAGGUGUGGGGUUAUUAGAUUUUUUAAAAUUUAUUUACUUUUUUAGUGCUAAAACUCAGUUGUAGCGAUAUAGUGCCCCUUACAAUGUCCUGUUAACUUGGAGCUGGUGCAGAGCUGGGAGUUCAGGGACGGGUGUCUUUGCCCUUACAUUUGAAAUGCCCCCAAAACAUUGCAAAUGUGUGUAGCCAAGCAAGGCCCUUUGAGUAUGGAUCCUGCUCCCCUGCACUUGCUCUACCCCCUGUGCUAAAUGAGACAUUAUUUUAGAAUCAUAGUGUGUCCUGAGUUGGAAGGGACCCACAAGGAUCAUCAGGUCCAUCUCCUUCCCCUGCACAGGACAACCCCAAAUUCACACCAUAUAUCUGAGGGCAUUGAUUUUGCUAGGUGUUAAGGCAGCGAUGACUGAAGAAACUGAGUUUGGUGUUCCCCAUCUCAGGAAACCAGGCUGGAGUCGUACCCAAAUGAGCAAGAAGGGGCUGUAGUUUUUCUACUGUGUUUUUCCUGUUGUUCUUUUCCUGGGACUGGGGUGACUUCAGUUGUGAUAUCGAGCCACAGCGCAGCAAAAACCAAGGUCUCACAGGGCGGGGAGGCAAUGCGCUUUUAGGGUCUUUACUGUUUCCCCUCGGAGUUCAGGCACCAGUUUUCAUUUCCAGCUCCUGUGCCCAGCUGCGAGCCCUCCCUUUGCUGCUGCAGAGCUGCUAGCGAGGGCGGCACCAUCGGUCUUCUGAAAAGAAAACCAAACACCCGAGUAACAAACGGGAAGGCUAAUGGUGCAGGCUUUGAAAAUGGAUCUGGUAGUGUGGAGGAGGAUAGGUUAUAUCUGGUAUUCCAAGACAUUUGAGAAAGUUACUUUCAUCCAAAUGAGAAAAAGAAAGAAGCUUAGUUGUCAAAAUAAUGGGGGGAAAUCCCCAAACCACCCAAGUGUAAAUAAUAAUCAGCCAUUAGACAAACCAUGUGACGAUAAAACACUGUCUGAUUCUGCCUUUACUCUCAGUUCAGAGGGAGCCGACAGCGCCCUGCUCCUUUCACAGCCAAACUCCAGAGCAGGGUGCCAUUGCUGCGUCCGUCCGUGCUGCCCAGGCGAGGCUGGGUCUGCACGUACCCGCCCGCGGUGUGGGCGAGCAGGCGGGUCCCUCUUCUGCUCACCCACCUCAGCGGGAAGCUGAAGGCAGAACAGAUGCAUAAGGAGCUUGAAACAGCCCAGGAGAGCCUCUGGGUUUGAGAGCUCAAUGUGAGACAUGCUGCUUUGGGGCCAAAACUGUCUUAAAGUUAACAGAGAGUUUUGAAAACAAAGAUUAUAAGCUCCGAGUGCUCAGUGGGCCCUGGACCAGCAGGCUGGCUCCUUGGAAGAGUCAGAAGAAAGUUACUCCAAAGCACUCUCCCCGGUUUUCGAGGCGGUUUCUGGCUGGCUGCCUGCUGCCCAGGCAGGGGGCAAACCUGGCCGUGACGCAGGAGUCAUCUGCCAUCUCUGCUGCCUGUGUUAACAUGUUUCUCUGAGACUAUCUGCUGCUUCGUGUAUGAUAACCAGGUUUCAAAUACAUUAAUGUUUCUAGGUUUUAAGAUGUGAUUUAAUAAAAAGAGACAUUUCUGG